UUUUUACGCCGUUUUAUUUAAAAGUUUUCUUUUAUACUCUUAGGGCAGUUAUUGCUCAUUAUUUCCUGUUUCCCUCUUUUCUCUUCUCUUCUAUUCUCUCUCGUUCUCGUUCUAUUUCACUCUUCGUGUUUUCUGAUUUAUUUGCUCUUCACUGUAUCGUUUUUUGAUUGUUGUAUCUUCCAUUGUUACUGCUCUAUCAUCUGCAUUGUUCAUCGGUGAGUGAUUUCUCUAAUUUUUUUUAUUUUUAACGGUUAUGCUUUUGUUAUAUCUUAUUUUUUGUUGUGUUAGAUCUAGGAUUGUGUUUUUUUUUAUGAUUUUAAUAGUUUUUUUUAUCUUACAAUAUGAAUUGCAAAUGAUUUUGUAUUAAAAAUUUGUGAAUCUGUUAAUGCAUGUACAAUUAUUUGAUAUUUUGUUAGUUCUUAUCACUGAUUUUGUUUUUUUAUACUUUUUAUCUCCAGUUUUUAUUAUACAUUAUGUCUGAUACUGAUUUUGAUCAAACAUUAUCGGAAUUCUUGGUUCAAUUGAAGAAUCCUGACAUUGCUCCUAAAGAAAUGGAGGAAGCUUCUGAUUCUCCGGUCCGUAUGAGUUUGAGGAAAAAGACUAUUGGUAGUAAACCUGUUGCUCCUAAAAUAGAGAAGAAAGCAAUAAAGAAAUCAAAAUCUGUGCAGAAGUCUGUUGCUGGAAAAAGGAAAGCAAAUUUUGUGGUACCUAAAAGAGAUAUUAAGAGGAAAAGGCUUGGUACUGAUAAUUUGGAUAAGAAUGAUUCAUUUCAGACAUUUGAUUUGUUACUUGGUCCAAAGGAUCGAUUUGUCGGUAAAGUUGGAAAUGCUUCACAGAAUGCAGUGCUGAAACAUAUUAAAUCGAAGCUUAGUGAAGAUCAGUUAGCAACGUUCAAGAACAGUAGGUUUGGUGUCUUUCUAGAACUUGACAAGGAUGUACUGAGUCUUAGACUCAUACAUGCCAUACUUUUAAGGGAAGUUCAUCACAGCAAUUUGUCAGAGCUUUGGUUUCAUUACGGUUCGCAGAAUAUGCGAUUCAGUCUAUAUGAGUUUGGUCUUGUUAGUGGACUUGUUUGUGUUGGUGAUGAGUCAAGGUUUUCUGGUCAUUUUAAGGACAAUAAUUUUUUUAAUAAAUAUUUUGGUGAUGUGAGCAAGAUUACCCGUCAGGUUAUUGAAGCGAAAUUUAAAGAGGCUGUGUGGGAGAAUGAUGAAGAUGCUGUAAAGUUUGCAAAGCUUUACAUGGUUCAGUGUUUUUUAUUGGGUCAUCUUGGAACUACUUUGGUUGACGAUCGGUUCAUUCACUUGCUUGACUGCCCUGAUUAUGAUGAUUUUCCAUGGGGAAAAUAUUCAUUCCAGUUAUUUGUUCAGUCUACUAAGAACAAGCUGUGGACUAAACAUAAUGCAUCAAGUCAAUCUGCUUUCUAUCGUUUGUAUGGUUUUCCGCAUGCUAUUCAGUUUUGGUUUUAUGAAACAUUGGUUUCUGUGCCUGAGUAUUUGUGUACUUUGAGCAAUGCUGCUGUUUAUCCUCGAUUACUGCGUUGGAGUCCGAAGGAUAUUAAGAAAAUGCAGAACUUUGAUUUUCAGGUUUUUGAUGAUGGAACCGAAAAGGUAUUAUGAUUCUUAUUUAACUUUUUUUUCUUUUAUUGAUUUGUGUGUUAUUUGUGAGCUAAUUAUUUUUUAUUUUUUAUAGGUCUC